AUGACGUCCGUUUUAUCUUUCCCUACCAAUAUCCCUCCUCCAACGAAAACCAUGCCCUUUCAACUACUAGAGAUCAAUUUGAUUUCUGCGCAAGAUCUUGCUCGUGUUGGUAAAGGAAUGAAAACAUAUGCUGUUGCAUGGGUUCAUCCUGAACGUAAACUAUCGACUCGAGUGGAUUCUCAUGGCCAUACCGAUCCAACCUGGAACGAUAAAUUUGUUUUUCGUGUAGAUGAUUCUUUCCUGCAAUCUGAUACAGCAGCUGUGAUGAUUGAAAUCUACUCUGUUCGAAUGUUUCGUGAUGUAUGUGUGGGCGUUGUACGCGUUCUUGUCGGAAAUCUUAUACCUCCGUCUGCACGUAAUCAAAAUAACUCCGGCAUGCGUUUCGUUGCAUUACAAGUACGUCGUCCGUCAGGUCGUCCUCAAGGUAUCCUGAACAUGGGUGUUGCUCUCUUAGAUGGUUCUAUGAGAAGUAUGCCUCUUUAUACCCAACUAAGCGCUUCGGCUGUUGGAUAUCGGGAUCUAAUGGGAGAAGAAUCACAUAGUCCAAACCACCACAUCCACCAGAAAGAUCAUAAAAAAGGUUUCUACAUUCGCCGCAGUGUGAGCGAGCGUAGAUCAGAGGCAACCUUUACUGAUCUAUUCCCUCAAAAAAAUAGAGAGUCCACCGUUCAUUCGGAAGCCGGAGAACCACCAUUCGCCGAGGUUACAACCACAGGUUCAGUAUGGUCGAUGUCGGAUGUAGGACCUGCCCCGUCAGUGGUCGCUGCAGCAAUGGCAGAGGAACAACUCUAUCCGGUGGCGGAGGGGGCGGGAAGUAACAAUAACAAUGUUUUGGAUGAAUGGGAAGCGGAAGCUAGUGUUGAAGGUUUAAAAUCAAAAUUAGAGAGGUGGCGAACGGAAUUACCACCUAUAUAUGAUCGGAAUGCAGGACCGUACAACAGAACUGGCAAGCAUCGACGGAGACAUACAGAUGGUGGAAAACUAUUAUCAUGCUUCGGGGAUAUGUAUGGAUUUGAGUGCUCCAUUUCUUGUGGCUUAAAGCCUAAAGGUAAAGGUAAGGGUAAAAACGGUCGUAACGAGAACUUCGAUGAUGAUGCAACUCAAGUUACUCAAUCAUAUAUGCCAUGA